GCACAAACGAACAGAGCGCUCAGGGCGAGCGUUCGCCGCGUAGCUGUAAUGUAACUGUAAUGUAACACGAUCGCCGCGAACGAUACAUUACACCGAAAUGUUACUAGUCAAUCACCACCUUUAGGUAACGAGAUGACACCAAUCAACUUGAUGUCAUCGGUCUAAUAGUUGAUAAGUCAAUGUUUGGUGUCAAUGUCAAAUGUUAUUGUUACAAGCGAAUGCUAACGAAUUUCACUCGUAUAAGAUUCUGUGUGUAAAAAAAUGGAUCGUAAUUAUGAGUAUUCCAACGUGGAAUACGUUGCCAUGCUGGAUGCCUACGUACGUUCUGGUUUCAACAUGAACCAAGCCCGGAUACUGUAUGCGCAGCCUGAAAAUUUGAACCAUUUACGUGCGCAGGGGAUUGCCGAACCACAAAUUCCGGCCCCUAAUACGUUUUUGGCUGUCAGGCAGCGGCUCCUGAACCAUGGCCAACUCCGUACUCCUGCACACGCGCAGGCACGCGGUCGACCACACUACGCGGCGGAGCUCGAGGAAGACAUAAUUGAAUACUUCGAGCGGCACCCUAUGAGAAGCACACGUAUGGCCGCUCGGAGAUUUGCUGUCAGUCAGUAUUAUGUCUGGAAGAUAUUAAACUCCGAAGGGCUGCACCCGUUUCACUUUCGCAAAGUGCAUGCUUUGUACGAGAACGACGGGCCUGCUAGGAUAGCGUUUUGUCAGUGGAUUUUAGAGCAUCAAAACGUAAACGUAUUGUGGACGGACGAAUCUACGUUUACACGUGUGGGGCUCUACAAUCAACACAAUGAACACUUUUGGGCGUUUAAUAAUCCGCACUGCAUUCGUGAAUCGUGCCAUCAAGUGAGAUUCAGUGUUAACGUAUGGGCUGGGAUAAUUAACGAUUCAAUCAUCGGACCCUAUUUCAUUGAAGGUAAUUUGAAUGGCCUCAAUUAUUUGGAAAUGCUGAGGGAGGUGAUUCCAAAUCUAAUGGAGGAUGUGCCCAUCGCUUAUUUACGCGAUAUUUUUUAUCAGCACGAUGGAUGCCCGGCCCAUUAUCGGCUGGAAGUGCGGAGGCACCUGGACGAAGAGUUUGGAGACCAUUGGAUUGGGCGCGGCGGACCAGUGGCCUGGCCUCCACGUAGUCCGGAUUUAACGCCAAUGGAUUUUUUUUUGUGGUCGCAAGUGAAAAGACUGGUUUUUACCGAGGAAGCUCAAACUCGCGAUGAACUGAGACAAAAAAUAAUUCGUGCUUUCGAGACUGUGAAACGUGACAGAGACACUUUACGUAAGCUUAAAGACAAUUUAGUAAGACGUGCACACAUUUGCAUUCAGCCCUAUAGGCUACCUGUGAAGGAACACAGAGAAAGGAAAACACAGGACGAGAAAGAAUUAGAGAAAAGAAAAUUGGAAAUCCAGGAAAGAUUCAGGACAAAAACUGGUCUGUUGAUAGAUAGGGAUGCUUAA